AUGGAGGAGGACUUUGUCCAGUAUCUGAAUGAGUUGAUGCCCAUUCUCCUGGCACCAGGGAACCUGAAGAUCAGAACGGUCGCAGGCAAUCCCAUGAAAGCCCGAGAUCUGGCAAACUACCUGAAAAUGUACCUGGACCUGUUCAAGGGCGACGAGAUCCCCAAGCCACAGAACAUUCUCCAAGUGACGGCCGAGACCAACAACAUGGUAGCACGCCAGGAAGCGAGGUUACAGUACAUCAAAGACAUGGAGAGUGUCCUGGGCGGCGACAGAUCUGCGCUGAGUGAAGGCGACCUGUUCAGGCAUCACAUUGAAUCCACGCACAGGGCUGAAACCACGUUCAAGAACCGCAAGAAGAUGGGAGACUGGAAAGUAUCGGAAUUCAACCACGGCGAACUGCUCAAGGAGAUGGAAGAGUGGUUUAAGCCCGUUGAGAGGCUCAACAAGAUAAAGCUUGAAGAAGAACGGCUGAAGGCGGAAAAGUUUAACGCGAGCCUGAAAGAGUCCUGCAGAACGACCUAUGCACAAGCAAUGCAGACCGUGACUGCGCUCAGUUGA